AAUUUAUCCAACUCUACGAAGAUGAAGUGACUCUUACUCAAUUGACAUGGGCCGAUGAUAUGCGCCCAACCAAUAUUCGCCAAAAACUACAAUAAUGUCAGCUGCCGGACAGCAUCACUUCUGCUUGCUCUGGAUCCACGAUGACAGCUUCUCUGAAGAGACCGUGAUCUUCAACUCGGAUCGUGUGGCUUUGAACGAAGACUCGCUAUGUAAACUUGCGGCUUUGAAGAACACAGUCUCAACGCAUGACUUCUCUAUCAGCACGCCAGCACUCUCAGCUACUAGACCCGAGAAUACGCCAGGGAAGACAUCUCUGCGCCAUGGCAGUAGAAAAUCUGCCAAACAUGUCUCGGAUAUGGAGAAGCAUGCGGACUCCUCCAGAUCCCUGAUCUUUGUGGCCCGCGACAUGACUCCUGAGCAGAAGCGAAAACAGCCUAGGCUUCAAGUCUCCGUCCAUACAAACGCGGCGGCCAAAUUUGGCUUCCGCAACAACAUGCAGGCUAUAGUACUUCCGGCGCUUGAAGAUGUACAUUCUGCGUCUCACGUGGAAAUAGUGUUCCGCGACCAGUAUCUAGCACGCUCAGACAUGUGGAGACUGACAGUAGCAGAGUUGAGUGAAAAGUCAGUCUACCAAGGGCAAAAGUUGCUAUUCUUGGGUAGCAUCAAAGCCACGGUGAAGAACAUCUUUGUUGAUGGACAGAAAGUAACUUCGGCCUUUUUCUCAUCUUCGACGAAACCCAUCUUCCGCAGCGAAUCUGCAAAGUAUGUCAUUUUUGUGCAGAUGUCUCGCGAGAUGUGGGACUUCGAUGCGGAAGGAUCAGGCGAAAUCAUGUUCAACAAAGUCAUCAACGGUUUUUUGCCCGAUCUCUUCAAACGGUGGCAAAGACUCAACGUGCACCAUCUGGUCAGCAUCAUCAUGUUCACUCGACUCGAGUAUGAUCAAGGUGUGCUUGUACGACGUGAAGAGGAUUCGGAUCCACCGGGAAGCAACGGGCGGUCCUACAAUCACGGGUCUGAGUUCAGAGACUAUUAUCGGGUCGUAACCACGGAUGCAGCAAGUAGUCGAUGGGUUGACAUCCUGUACAAACUCAAAAAGGAGUUCAAGGUCUUCUUGAAGGAUGUUUCUAUCGUGGGUGGUAACGAUGCUUACGGGCCACCUCCAGAGACACUAGCAUCGGUGAAAGCCCGAACCGAAACCGAGUCUGUGAUAGCCGGACAACCUACUACAUCGGCAAGAGGCAACAUAUUGGAAGCGAUCAAUCUUGCUGCAUCUCAAUUUUCGAAGGACUACAUCGACCGCGAUCUGGUUCACACAGGAAUUUCACUCUGCAUUGUUACCGCUGGCACGGGUAUAUUCGAAGUCGAUUACAACAUACUGAAAUUGACAACCGAUGCUCUCGUUGCAAGCGGCAUGGGUGUUGAUCUUGUUUCCUUGGCGAGAAUGCCCCUUCAUUCUGUUCCUCUUUUCAGGUACAGAAGUCCUCACGUACUUCCAGGUCUUCCCGUCGUGUCUGAUGUGUAUACCUUUGAAGGGGGCAGCACACCGCGACAAGCAGGCUAUCUGGAGAACCACAUGUUUGGCACUCCUAGGAGUGGUGGCAAAUUCAUGCGCAGAGCCAGUAGUCAUAACAGGGAACAAGUGCCGGGCACACUGAUGGAAUCUGGAGUUCAGUGGAGCUAUGCUCUGCCGCACUGGAUCGAUGUUUCGUUUUGGACCGGUCACUCUGACGAGGAGCAGCUGCGCACUCAGUACGGCUUGAACUCGAAGAAGAAGAAAGGGUCGAAGAGAAAGGACCCUUUCACAACAAGCUGCCGAAUGUACGAGUUGCAGAUGAUGGGUCUCAUGGAGACUGAAAUGAGCGAUAUUGCGAUCCCUCUGCUGCCUGGGACUGCGAACACAGAUAAGUCUCGCCAAGGAAGACACCAUCUUGAGCCUGCACCUAGUGAGGACCUUCCAGGAAGCUAUGGCUCAACACGGUCUUUUCAUGGAUACAUCAGCGGCUCACCUCAGCACGUUGACGAUGAAUCGAUCACCAAGAUGGAUAUGCCUACGCGCAAAGAGCUGAUUGACUGGAUGGCUGCCUAUGACAAGCAAGUGCCAUUCAGAACGCAAGAUUCUCCACCAGUCAAGACAAUACUAGAUCAGACGCCUAUAGAGUCGUCCAGGGGUAGUCUAGACGCUACCGUGAGAUUCAGUUCAUCACCUACAAGACCAAGAAACAGCCUGGCUUCGAACCAGUUCAAGCCUGGAGAGAGCCCGCGGAGCACCGGAUACCUUGGCAAUAGGUCACCUCCGAAACGAGCCAUGCCGCCAGCGAGGCUGGACAAGCCAAACCCACCUUCAAUACGUACCACUAAAGCAACUCCUAAAAGAACUCCUAUGCCACGUCAGAUCAGUCUGGUUGGAGGAUUGGGGACGGCGAAGUCCGCAGCCAGUAUAAGUGUCAGUAAUCAUACAGCAGAGCUUAGUACACCUACGACAGAGUCUCCUCCAACACCGACUGCUCCCAAAGGAGGAGGUGGCCUGUUCUCCAGCCUGACACAACAACUUUUGAGCACGCUGCAGCGUAAACCAUCACAAGCGAGCCUUACACGAACUGAUGUCAGUGACCUUAGUGAUCGAGCAGAUUCGGACAGAGCAAGCCUGGUCCAACGUAGCAAUCCAAUCGCCAUUAGGUCCAAUUCUGUAGUCUCGGGACCCGAAGAGGAGGAAGAGCCAGGCCAGCCAGGCACUUAUCGUGGGUCGGUGUCGAAGAUGUCCGAGGAUAUCGUCAUUCGAGAUGCUUCAGUAGUAGGUCGACAAGCCGCGACAGUGUCCGACUCUGCACCAGACACUAUUGCGGACAAAGCCGACUACAAUCGAGUACUAUCGCCGUUGACUGCAAUCUCACCCUGGCUGACGAUGCUCAAUCCUUCGAACCCGAAGAAGCACAAUAUGAGUAUAGCCAGUCAAUUCCGCCGUUGGCAGCACAUCUUUCCAAAGCCGGUACCUACCUCGGUGAUGAAGUGGAAGUCUUUGUGUUCACCAGCGUCUCUACCUUUGACUGCUGAGUACUUCCCCACAGCCGAGCAACUGCGUAAUGAGUACUCGGAAUCACCUUAUAGGAUAUUGCCUCUGGAAGAUGAAGAGUCCUCCGAGGCCCCAAAGACACGAGAAGCAUUGAUCAGAGAACUCAUUGCCUGUAGACUGUCGCAUGGCUUCCAGAUAGUGGUCGGCCCAGCAGCUACAGAGUUUGCAGGUACAAAAGCCGCUUCUCUAGUCAAAGUGUUCGACAAGAAUUACAUGGCAGAAGAUGGUGCCACGGUGCUGAUGACUGUGGGGAAUAACAUUCACUUGCUCGUUUGUACCGAGAACGGCGAGAUAGAAGUACGGAGGUACAACAGAAAGCCAGUGGCGGAAGUCGAAUACACUGGUGCCGUGGAUCCCACUGUGGCGUAUCACCCAUACAUCCGUACAUAUCUUGCCAAGGGUUAUGAGAUGCGUCCCGUGAUAUUCAAGAACCCGCGACCGACAUACAACUGGAACGCAAUCGAUCACCAUCUUGCUGGUUACAAACAAGAGCACAACUCACAAGACCUUCGUUUCUGGAGAGCUCGAUUUGUCCUAAUACCCGUCGACCAUAAGAUCAGAAGCGGGCAACUAGGCUUUGUCUCUGAAAACUCAGAGGAGGAGAUUCGGUUGGAGGGAAUCCAAAAGCUUACGCAAAUAUGGCAAAGACAUCGCUACAUUCCGCCAGAAGAGCGCCGCUUCCAGCAAUCCCUGCAGCAAAGGCGUAAAGAUCCGAAUCCUCUGGCCAUCGAAUACCACACACAUGAUCCUUCGAUGAUUGUGCGAAACCAUGCAACAGGAUUGGCCGAAGCCUUAUCUCAGGAAGAACCAGGCCAUGAGCUCUUCGCAGAAUCUGAACAAUACCACACUAACGACUUCGAUAUGCAGAAGCUGGCGCAACAUCUGCAGGCAGACCCGCCGAAAGGCAUACCAGUGGCCGACCGUAGGUGGCAUUUCAAGGUUCACUACAAAUGCUUCCGAGGAGAUCAUCUUACGAGCUUUCUUCUUAUCAACUUCAAGGACAUUGAAACGAGAGAGGAUGCGGUCAAGCUUGGAAAUGCUCUGAUGAAGAAAGGCUUGUUCACGCACGCUGUGCACAAACAUCAGUUCCGAGAUGGAAACUACUUUUACCAGAUCGCUCCUGAGUACCGGACUACGCCUUAUCCAGAAAAUAAGUCAGGGUGGUUUGGUAUAGCUGGUAGAUCAAUCCCCACCACACCUAUGCACGAAGGAUCGAAAGCGUCACCCAAGUUUCUGCCAGUAGACAAGAUACGUUCGCCAAGGAUAGGACCUGUGGACAAAGCGCGUUCACCACUGAUAGGACCAACCGAUACCGCCCGUCCUCGAUCAGGCACAGACGAGACGAAAGACUCUGCUAGAAGCACGCCGAAACCAGACUCGAACAACAGGCCAAGAUUAGAGCUCAGUCGCAGUUUGCGUUAUGAUGUGGAUCAUCGCAAGAACUCUUAUCGUCCCGAGAUCAUCACGCUGCAUUAUGAUCGCAUACACAAUCCUGAUAACUGCUACCACAUCCGCCUAGAAUGGAUCAAUGUGACAGCCAAGCUCAUUGAAGAUGCUCUGGUAUCUUGGGCAACUAGUGUAGAGCGGUACGGCUUGAAGCUAGUUGAGUUGCCUAUCGCCGAGGGUCACGCCAUUAUCACUCAACACCCCUUUAGAAGGCCCUACAUCAUCAAGCUUGCCUUACAACCUCCAAAGGGAACACCUAAGCAGUACCUGGAGGCAGGCACUAGUGCAUACGAGGAGACUUACCCCUACCAAAGAGCGCUUGUCCGAAAAUUCGAUUUCGUAUUAGACUACGAGGCGGCCAGUACCUUUGAUCCCGGAGUCGACGUGAGCUACUCUUGGGGAAAGCCAGAGUACCAGUACACGCAAUUCAUACACAAGUCUGGCGGUUUACUCAUACAAAUCGACGGCGAUGGUAAUCUUAUGCUCGUCGCGAACAGACUUUGCGUCAAUCGCUCAGGAGGCGCUCGAGAAGCCUCCAAGUAUGAGGUGCCUAGACGCGAGAAACGGAACUUCUCAGCACCAGCACCACCGCCACAUGCCUCUCCUUUCUUGAGCGCCUUCAAAAUUUCAGAGCCGCAAAGCAUGCUCCAGAAAAACUCGUUUACUGAAGCUCCGGUUGAGCCUGAGAUCGUAGCCGAGAAGCUAGAGGCAUUCUGCUCCGAUCCAGAGAAAUUGAGAAUGUUCUAUGAAGAUGCGCUAAGACCUACAGCGAGUCCUAGCCCGCACUUGACGCCCAGACAGACUCCUAGGCAGACACCGGUGCUGGGUGCGACUAGUGCCAUACCACCAUUAGGACUGCCGCCGAGUAUUAGCCUUAGGAAUGCUAGUUUUGUGGAGAGCAGCCCGAGGAUGGGGUUGUCGCAGUCGAGGAGGGCGAGUGUACAAGGACUCAAGUCCUUCUUGACGGAGUCAGGAAGUCACCGUGACUUGAACUGAGCUUGGCGAUUGGUUGGUAUUUGGCGCUUCGAAGUUGGAUUGGAGGUUUGUGGCUCGGUGGUGUUGAGUGAAUCUUACUCAUGCGCACAAGAAAGGCGCCCAUCUAUCUCGGUGAGGAGAUCAGAGGCUUGUUUGGAGUAGAUAGACAUGUGAAGUCGAAUGUUCUUGAUUCACACUACCAAUGCAAUUCUCCCUAAUUUCAGACGCUUUC